AUGCCACAUGUAUCUCCCCCCCCAUGUCAAUGGGCCCGGUAUGCGGCCAAUAUUCCGGUCAGGUGUAGCAGCAGGAAGGGCCUUCUGAAGAAUGCAUGCAAUAGACAUGUAUCGCAACGUUUCUAUGCUUCAGUGUCCGCUGCGGGGCUCCGCUUUGGACAACCGCUUCACGAAACGCAUCCCCAUCUCCUCAAAGCUGGGGAAUUAACACCUGGCAUCACCGCUCGCGAAUAUGCACAUCGUCGGUCCAAGUUAGCAUCCAAAUUACCCAAGAAUGCGAUUGCCGUCGUCGCUGCUUCAGACAUAAAGUACAGGUCGGGAAGUGUCUUUUACGAACACCACCAGGAUCCGGACUUUUUCUAUCUAACUGGUUUUAAUGAACCCGGUGCAUUAGCGAUUAUUGGCAAUGAUGGGUCGGAAGGUGAUCAUGUAUUUCACCUCUACGUUCGAGACAAAGAUCCAAGAGCAGAACUAUGGGAGGGCGCUCGGUCAGGAGUCCAGGCUGCGACGGACGUCUUCAAUGCAGAUAUAAGCGGUAACAUGGAAAACAUUAGGAGCAAUCCUCCAUCAAUCCUUUCGGAUGCGUCAGCCAUUUUUACGGACCUCAGAAUUUCCGACCCGCGAUCAUCAUUAACCCAUAUAUUCUCCUCCCUCAAAAUUGAAAAAGGAGUAUUGGAGAAGAUGGCCAACUCGCAAAAAUUAAAGCAAUUACGCCCGGUUCUCAACGAACUGCGCGUGUUUAAAAGCGAAGCAGAGGUACAAAAUAUGCGGAAGGCUGGAAAAGUUUCAGGACGGGCAUUUACAGACGCCAUGAGAAGGGGCUUCACGAGGGAGAAGGAUGUCCAUGCAUUCCUGGAUUACCAGUUCAAGGUUAAUGGCUGUGAUGGUCCAGCCUUCGUACCUGUUGUCGCUGGAGGUCAGAACGCUCUAAGCAUUCACUAUGUCAGAAAUGAUGAUAUUCUUAGAAAUGAAGAUAUGGUCCUUGUUGAUGGAGGUGGUGAGUACGGCGGCUAUAUAUCUGACAUUACGCGCACAUGGCCUGUUAGCGGCAAGUUUUCUGGCCCCCAAAAGGAUUUAUACAAUGCGAUUUUGAGCGUACAGCGGGCCUGCGUAUCAUUAUGCCGCGAGUCCGCUGGUCUGUCUCUUGACAUGCUGCACGACAUUGCAGAAGAGGGAUUGCGGGAGCAACUGAAGGCACUUGGCUUUGACGUAUCUGGGACCGCCAUGACAACCCUGUUCCCUCACCAUCUGGGACAUUAUAUUGGCCUAGAUGUCCAUGACUGCGUGGGAUAUCCAAGAACUCACGAACUCGAAACUGGGCAGUGCAUUACUAUCGAGCCUGGUAUUUACGUCCCUGAUGAUGAACGAUGGCCAAAGCAAUUCCGGGGUAUCGGAAUACGCAUUGAGGAUAGUAUCUGCGUAGGGGAAGAUAACCCAUAUAUUCUGACGACGGAAGCUGUGAAAGAGAUCGAUGACAUUGAAGCUCUACGGGAGAGCUAG